UGUUUUAAAUUUUUUUAAUCCCAGUCCCCGUCUCCGCAGGAGGUUUUUUGCCUUUUGGUAGGCCUUCAUUGUAAAUAAGAAUUUGUUCUUAACUGACUUGCCUAGUGAAAUAAAGGUAAAAUAAGAAAGAAAUAAUAUAAAUAUAUGACAUUACUGCCUGAUCCUGUCAUUUCCACAUGGCUGUUUUCCUCAGUGGUGUUUGGUCCCUGGUCCAACCAUGUGACUGGCUGGUGGGAGAAAAAACAGACUCACUCUAAACUCCUCUAUCUGUUCUAUGAGGCCAUGGUUGAGGUGAAUCAAAUAACCACCUCCUGUGCCAUAAAGAUGCUCUUAGAGUUAGAGUACAGUAUCCAGUGUGUGUGUGUGUGCUUCUUCAGGACACAGAUGGAGGAGAAGGAGAGAGUGAGAGGAAGAGUGCAGUUUGAAAACAUGAAGAAGAACAGCUUUGUCAACUACUCCACCAGCCUAGCCAUGGACUUCAAGAUCUCUCUCUUCAUGCGAAAAGGAAAGGUUGGUGACUGGAAGAACCAUUUCACUGUGGCCCAGAGUGAACAGUUUGAUGAAGACUAUAAGAAGAAGAUGAAGAACAUCACUGUUCAGUUUCACACUGUAGUCUAGAAGUUGGGGUCAGGUUAAUUGACUGUUUUCAUGGGGCAUAUGCACUUACUGCAGGCUUUGCUGGGGUGUCAGGCUUCGAUAGGUUACUUUGAUGUUACUUUGAGAUAUGAGCUAUAGGCUGAGAUAAGAUCUGGACUAAAAACAAAAGUCAAAUGAUGACAUGCUGCACCAGUACCCUCUUAUGAAUGUGAGCUAGUUGUGAAUUAUUUUGAUUUUCAGUGUCUGAGAAAAAACAGUGAGAAUCCAUACAGUAUCCAAUGUGAGAAAGGAGAAGAACAUUAUUACUAAGCAUCAAAGUUUUAUGCAGUUUGACAAUUUUUCUACUUUAAAACUACGUAACAGUUAGUCCUCUUAUACUCUAUACAAAUAAAUGUAAUACAUUGAGGUUAAUGUACUGUCCUGGGGCUCUGUGGGGUCUGUUUGUGUUUGGGAACAGAGCCCCAGGACCAGCUUGCUUAGCGGGCUCCUCUCCAGGUUCAUUUCUCUGUAGGUGAUGGCUUUGUUAUGGAAGGUUUGGGUAUCGCUUCCUUUUAGGUGGUUGUAGAGUUUCACGUCUCUUUUCUGGAUUUUGAUAAUUAGUGGGUAUCGGCCUAAUUCUGCUCUGCAUGCAUUAUUUAGUGUUUUACGUUGUAC